AUGGCGCCGGUGGGUCUGCCGCCGGGUUUCCGGUUCCACCCGACAGACGAGGAGCUGGUGAACUACUACCUGAAGCGCAAGAUCCACGGGCUCCACAUCGAGCUCGACAUCAUCCCGGAGGUGGACCUCUACAAGUGCGAGCCCUGGGAUCUCGCAGAGAAGUCGUUUUUGCCAAGCCGUGACCCGGAGUGGUACUUCUUCGGGCCGAGGGACCGCAAAUACCCCAACGGCUUCCGGACCAACCGGGCGACGAGGGCAGGGUACUGGAAGUCCACCGGCAAGGACCGGCGCGUCAUGACGCAGCAGCACCACGGCGGCGGAGGAGCCGGCGGCGGCGCACGGGCCAUCGGGAUGAAGAAGACGUUGGUGUACUACCGCGGGCGCGCGCCACAGGGGGUGCGCACCGACUGGGUCAUGCACGAGUACCGCCUCGACGACAAGGACUCCGAGGACACCAUCGCCAUCCAGCUAUACUCUGAUGAGACAAACAUUGUGUGCAUAAACUUUCAGGAAAGAGACACGUACGCGCUGUGCCGGGUCUUCAAGAAGAACGCCAUCUGCGCCGAGGUGGAGGAGCUGCAGGAGGGGCAGUGCAGCAUGGCACUGCUCGAGGGCGCCUGCCAGCAGCUGCUCGCCGGCAGCCGCACGACGGGCCAGGAGUACUACCAGACGCCGUCGCCGGACGUGCCCGCAGGGUCCACCUCCGGCGGUGCUGACGCCGACGCAGACGACGACGCGGACAAGGACGACUCCUGGAUGCAGUUCAUCUCCGAGGACGCCUGGUGCUCCAGCACCGCCGCCGAGGAGAGCACCUCCUGCGCCGGCUGA